AUGCCCGGAGUGAAAAUAAAGUUCAGCGUUGAUCCCAAAAUACCACCGGUACGAAACGCCUAUUUUAACGUACCUGCUGCUUUGCGUGACGCCGCGAGAGAAAGAUUAGAAGGUAUGGAAGCACAGGGCAUCAUUGAAAGAGUUACUGUUGCACCCGAAUGGAUAAGCGGAAUGUCUGCAGUUCCCAAAGGGAAGAGUGACUUUCGUUUAGUAGUCAACAUGCGGGCACCUAAUAAGGCGAUCAAAAGAGAGUACUUCCGAAUGCCUCUUAUUGAAGAAAUAAAGGUAAAGUUGCAUGGAAGCAGAUAUUUCACCAAGCUCGACUUAAGCAACGCAUUCUACCAUUUGGAGCUGGACAAAGAGUCGAGAGAGCUGACCACAUUUCUGUCGGAAUCAGGAGCUGUACUCGUUCAGGAAAACGAAAAAGGUAUCGCGAGGAUCAUAAGCUUUGCGUCGAAAAUGUUGACCGAAACUGAAAAAAGGUACGCGCAAAACCAGCGUGAAGCGUUAGGUGCAGUUUGGGGCGUAGAGCACUUUUCGUACUUUUUAUUCGGUCGACAUUUUACAUUAAGAACAGAUGCCCAAGGAGUAGCCUUCGUCCUCAACCGGUCGCGAGAAAAUACCAAACGAGCACUGACGAGAGCCGAUGGUUGGGCCCUCAGACUAAGUCCGUACAGUUACACUGUUGAAUAUAUCCGGGGAAGAGAGAAUAUAGCUGACCCAUCAUCGCGGUUGUACUGCGGAAACGAUGAUCCUUUCGAAGAUAACCACAGCCCUUGGGAAAUUGCUACACUACAGGUAUCUAAUUUUGGGUUCUUAACAGAAGAGCACAUCAGAGAUGCCACAUUGAUAGAUGAUUUGCUCCAAAAAGUAAUCGUUUCUCUUGAGUCAAAUGUGUGGAAUAAAGAAACAAAAGGUUUCAAAGCGUUAGCUGGGGACUUAUCAGUGCAGAACGGAAUACUGAUCAAAAAUGGUUGUGCAAUUAUUCCAUACUCGCUUCGAGAAACGACAUUAAAUAUAGCUCAUUCAGGACAUCCUAUGACGGCAAAAAUGAAGAGCAUUAUGCGUAAGCGAGUUUGGUGGCCGGGAAUGCCCACGGAUGUCGAGAAAUGGGUUCAAGCAUGCCAGGUAUGCGCUACCAACGGGAGACCAGAAAAACCAACUCCGAUGCAGCGUAGUUUCGCCCCAAAAACUGUUUGGCAUACUAUAGCUAUUGAUUUCAAUGGUCCCUACAUAAAGUUUGGUGGAAUUUCAAUACUAGUAAUCGUUGACUAUCGCUCUAGAUAUCUAAUCGCAAAACCAGUACAAUCAACCAGUUUUGAUCACACCAAAAAGAUCCUCGAUGAAAUUUUCGAUAGAGAAGGCUAUCCCCAAAAUGUAAAAAGCGAUAACGGACCCCCGUUCAAUGGGGCUGAGUACCGGGAUUAUUGUUCCCAGCGAGGCAUCAAUUGCAUAUACUCGACGCCUUACCACCCACAACAGAAUGGGCUCGUCGAGGGGUAUAUGAAAAUAAUCAAUCGAGCGAUGGUAGCGGCAAUUAGCAAAGGAACAUCUUAUAUAGAAGAGUUACGAAACGCGGUACAGGCGCACAAUGCCGCAGAGCACAAAGUUACAAAACUUCCUCCUGAAGAAGUUUUAUCUGGUAGACGAAUAAGGAGACGGUUGCCACUUAUGUGCCCGGGAAAAUCUGAAUUUGAUGACAAGCAACUUGACGAAAGGGAUCGCAAUUCUAAACUCCAGGGAAAACAUACUGAGGAUGCACGUCGUGGCUCAAAAAUUUGUUCAGUCAAGCCUGGGGAUAUAGUCAUACUCGAAAGGAUGAUGCGAGCCAAAGGCGAGAGCCGAUUCGAUCCUAAAAGAUACACGGUAUUAGAGGAAAGAAAUGGUGAUCUGCUGCUUAGCGACGAGACAGGUCAAACCUUGAAGCGCAACGUUAUUCACACUCGUAGGGUUCAUGAGUGGAAGGUAUUCAAUCAGGUACCUUUUCCUUGUCAAUCGGCGCCAACAUCGACAAAUGAAACUCCUGUACAGGGCAGGCCAUCGCGCGAAAAGAAAACUCCAACCCACCUGCAAGACUACGUACGAAUCUGCGAACAGGAGGCAAACGAACGUAGUCAAUUUUCCGCCACACAGCAGCUAAAAUGA